CUGAUUAAACUGAAAAUGGUUUCACUCGUGAGAAGAGCUGCCCUCCAACAGAGACUGUCUGGAGACAUCACAGACCAGGACCGGAGACAACUGCAGCGAGAGCUGGAGGAGGUGGAGGGGAAGAUCAAGGAGUGUGUCUCAGGGAUACAAGCGUGUGAGGGGAAUAUACAUAGCAAUGAGAAGUUGAUUGCUAAGAUACGAGUAAGAGCAGAGGAGAGGCAGAGAAAGGAAGAAUCAGCGAAGCAGUUGUUUGAUGAGGCGAUGAAGCAUGGACACGUCUUGGUCAACAUUGUCAAUAUGCUCGUGUUUGGACCGGCGGGAACAGGGAAGACCAACCUCAAGCACCUGCUAACUGACAAGCCCCCUCCACUACAGCGUGACAGCACUCCUUGUAUGGAAAAGCCAGUACGCAUUCGACCUGUGUCCAACACGAAAUUCAAGUCAACUGGAAGAGGCUGGGAAGAGAUGUCUCAGCCAAAGCUGCGCAAGCUACUUGCUGAAAUCAUCUCUAAGUUACCAAAAGAAAGCGCCGAUCCAUCCACUGCACCAAGGGUUGCCAAGAGUUUGAAGAAGAUGACCACAACCGAGCUAAUUCCUGGUUCCGAUGAGCAAAUUUCUGAUUCCAUUUCGAACCCAUUGAGGAACGAUUCCGAUACACUUUCUGGAUCUGCAAGAAUGUUGAAGAAAGCCGUUGAUGAAGUGAUAGCGAGUGUAGUGAGUGGUGUGGCAGAAGAGCUGAAGCCAGCCAAACAGGGAACUGACCAACUGUCGAGCAGUGACCAGCAAGAAGGAGAACUGUUUGAUUCCAACUGGGUGUAUGUUACCGACUGUGGCGGCCAGCCGCAAUUCCACGACAUCAGCCCUCUCUUCAUCAAGCACAUUUCGGUGGCAUUGGUAGUCCUGCGUUUGAUUGACGAACUCUCCAGUUUCCCUUCUGACGAGUACUACAAGGAUGGGCAGCUUGUUGGUAGUCCUCAUGCAUCUCACAUGACCCUCGGGGAGACACUUCAGAGUCUCAUUCGAUCGAUUGAGUCCCAUACCUCACAAGACAAGAAGCCAAGUAUGAUCUUUGUGGGCACAUUCUUGGAUCAACUGGAGGAGAGCUCGGAUAUACUUAUCAAGAGGAAUCAAGAGAUUCUCGACAUGCUGCCACCCGAUAUCAAGAAGCUAUUAGUGUACAACGAUCCUGGAUUGAACAAUCUUAUUUUUGGUCUCAGCGCGAUCAGCCGAGAUGACGAUUCACUGGCCACUGCCAAUAGGAUUAGAAUUGCUGUUGAGGACUCUAUUCCGCUACAAGUCAAAAUGCCCAUCUGGUGGUCCUUCUUGGAUUCACUUCUCCAGAGUUUAUCUGCCAAUCUCAAGCGAGGUGUACUAAGCAUUGAAGAAUGUCUCCAAUUAGCCACUCGAUUUGGUUAUUUGCUCAAAGAUCUUGAAGCUGCUCUGGUCUUCUUUGACAACGUGUGUAUAGUGCACUACUAUCCCUCCAUUCUCCCCAACACAGUGUUUGUGGAUGCCCAGAUUCCACUAGACAAGAUCACCGAGCUCUCACAGCACGCCAUCUUCCUGAGGAAUGCUGAAGUCAAGUCACGCUCUACUCUAAGCACAGGAAUGACCAAGGCCGAAUGGAAGAGAUUUCGAGACGAGGGCAUAAUCACUUUAGGGUUCCUUCGAUUCUUUAAAAAGCAUUACGUUGAAGGCAUCUUUUCUCCAGAAGAUAUGCUGUUGAUCAUGAAAGAUCUUCUUGUGAUUGCUCCCACUCCUCUAGUGGAGUCCACUACCCACCAAGCCGAGUUCUUCAUGCCAUCUCUACUCAAAUCCAUCAAACCUGCUGAGCUAGAUAAAGUCCGUUCCUCAUCUGUCCCCCUCGCUAUUCACUUCCCUAGUGGGUGUAUUCGCUCUGGUGUCUUCUGUUGUACGGUUGUGGAUGUAAUGCGGAGGCAUGGUUGGAAAGCUGUACUCCCCUCAGGUGAUCCAAUUCUUUUCGCUAAGAAUUGUAUUCAAUUUCGAUAUCCGAAUCGUCCUUGUGUCAUCUCAUUGGUUGAUUCCUUCUUCUGUAUGGAAGUGUAUGUCAAAGCCCCCCCUCCAUUACGCAAAGUGUUGUGUCCCAUAGUUUGUUCUCAACUAAUGGAAUCCAUCAAAGCUGCUUGUGUUGUUUUGAAUUACAACAAUGAUACACCCAAACCAGCGAUCUUUUGCCCUUGCAAGAAGAGCAUAGGAAGUGGAAACAAGUUGCACCUUGCCGAUGUGAGUGUGGAUGGCUAUUGGAUGUGUUCCCUUCAUGCAGAUGAGUGGGAAGAGCUCAGUGACGAACAUAGAAUCUGGUUGGACAAUAGCAAAGGUUCAGGUAAUUCUGUAAUGGAAGAUGUGUUCUUGAAGACUGAAGUACAUGUGCAUGUUAAUGAUCAGCGAAAUACUUCUAACCCUGCAAUGGAACAUGUGGUCAAUAAAACGAGUGAUCAACAUACCAAUGAAUUGUCCUCUGUUAUAGUAAUGGAAGAUGUGUGUAAGAAGACUGGAGUGAGGGACCAACAACUAGAUCAAGAAAUCCCUGAGAGUGACAUCAUUCUAAUUGCAGAGAAAUUUCCACACCUGCUGAGCGUGCACAAGGUUUUGACAAUUGACGAUCUACAACAUGUUUACGAGAAACUACACACUGCACAUGCAAGUGCCAGCCCUCACUGGUUCAAUCUGGGAUUGGCUCUAGGUCUCAGUCAUUUCAUUCUCACCAAUAUCGAUACCGGAAAGUAUCGUGGCGAUAAUGUGUCGUGCUUGCGUGAAAUGUUGGUUAAGCUCCUGAGUACGCAAAAUGUAACAUGGAGUCUCCUGUCAGACGCUCUCAAAAAACCCACAGUGGAUCUCAUUAAUUUGGCUGACAGCAUCACAGUCAAUCAAUCCACAAAUCCUAACCUGCUCAAUCGACUCAACCUCACCCCAGCCGACCGUGAUGGUGUAACUGAUAUCACAAGUUGUUAUGGCAAUCAAGCUGGAGUGGCUCAUGCAUUGAGAGCGUGGCGAAAAAUGAAUCCUUCCAGAGCUACCUUCAGGGCCUUGGUGGAAGUUGCCAUAGGACUGAGAAGAGGAGACACUGCUACAGACAUUUGUAGAUUCAUUGUAGAGAAUACGAGUGGAACUGACCGAAACUGAAUUUUAUACAUAACGUUUUUAUUGAUACUAUUUUGUCUGUAAUGCUUUGCUUUUCUGAACACAUUUUUGGUGUCUCUG